ACACCCUGCUGCGCUCCCAGUGAAUCAGUAGGUAUGUGUAUUGGCCGGUAGGUGGCGCUCCCAGUGAAUCAGUAGGUAUGUGUAUUGGCCGGUAGGUGGCGCUCACACCCUGCUGCGCUCCCAGUGAAUCAGUAGGUAUGUGUAUUGGCCGGUAGGUGGCGCUCACACCCUGCUGCGCUCCCAGUGAAUCAGUAGGUAUGUGUAUUGGCCGGUAGGUGGCGCUCACACCCUGCUGCGCUCCCAGUGAAUCAGUAGGUAUGUGUAUUGGCCGGUAGGUGGCGCUCACACCCUGCUGCGCUCCCAGUGAAUCAGUAGGUAUGUGUAUUGGCCGGUAGGUGGCGCUCACACCCUGCUGCGCUCCCAGUGAAUCAGUAGGUAUGUGUAUUGGCCGGUAGGUGGCGCUCACACCCCGCUGCGCUCCCAGUGAAUCAGUAGGUAUGUGUAUUGGCCGGUAGGUGGCGCUCACACCCCGCUGCGCUCCCAGUGAAUCAGUAGGUAUGUGUAUUGGCCGGUAGGUGGCGCUCACACCCCGCUGCGCUCCCAGUGAAUCAGUAGGUAUGUGUAUUGGCCGGUAGGUGGCGCUCCCAGUGAAUCAGUAGGUAUGUGUAUUGGCCGGUAGGUGGCGCUGUAGUGACUCCCAGACGAUACAGAUGACGGUCCCGGCCCGGUAGCUGCUGAUUUCCGUGCGGACGGGCGGAUCUGGGGUUCGGGCCAAACCCAAAGCAUCGCAGGGAGAGGAGAGUGAGCUCCCGUGCCAUGUGCUGCCCUGGGCACAGAAUGUUCAGCCAAUGGAUCAUGCAGAGUCCCUAGAGCUGAGGACGGUGCCCGCCGGGCAUGGAAUCAGGGCGCCCCCUGGGGAGGAAAGCAGAGGAUUCGAGAACCCCGCCUACGAGGAACCCGCAGACUCCGCCUGUGAAGAUGAUUUGGGGCAUCUCCACGAGAGCCGGCCCGAGCCGAGGGGGCAUCUGGGCACAGGCGAUACAUCUCCUCACUCAGAGGACAGUCAGGCCCCCCCGGCACCCCCCCAUUCUGUAGAUUAUGGGUUCAUCUGCUCCCUCAUCCUAUUGGUCAGUGGUAUAAUCCUAGUGGGCGUGGCUUACAUGAUCCCCCGGGAGGUGCGGGUGAGCCCCGAGACUGUGAGUGCCCGCGAGAUGGAGCGGCUGGAGCAUUACUAUGCCCGCUUGGGCACCCACCUGGAUAGGUGCAUCAUUGCCGGCCUGGGGCUGCUCACCCUGGGGGGCACCCUGCUCUCCCUGCUGCUCAUGGUCUCCAUCUGCAAAGGGGAACUUUACCAUCGGAAACAAUUCCCCGCCGCCCGGGGGCCCAGGAAAACCUACGGCUCCUUGAACCUGCGCAUGCGGCCCCUGGCGUCGGACGGGGGGCAAGUACUGGUGGAGCACGAGCUUCUGCCCCCCAACGGGGCAACAGACCAACCUUAGUACCUGCUGGAUACGGGGCGCAGGCUGCUUCUACCCAACAUGUCCGGCACGUGUGCCCACAGGGGGCAUUACUAAGGCUGGAUCUGCCCCAGGCAGUGGCACUGUAGCCACGGACCCUCACAUUUGCCCCGUACAUAGGGGGCAGUAUUGCACCGGCGCUGGAUCUGCCCCAGGCAGUGGCACUGUAGCCACGGACCCUCACAUUUGCCCCGUACAUAGGGGGCAGUAUUGCACCGGAUCUGCCCCAGGCAGUGGCACUGUAGCCACGGACCCUCACAUUUGCCCCGUACAUAGGGGGCAGUAUUGCACCGGCGCUGGAUCUGCCCCAGGCAGUGGCACUGUAGCCACGGACCCUCACAUUUGCCCCGUACAUAGGGGGCAGUAUUGCACCGGAUCUGCCCCAGGCAGUGGCACUGUAGCCACGGACCCUCACAUUUGCCCCGUACAUAGGGGGCAGUAUUGCACCGGAUCUGCCCCAGGCAGUGGCACUGUAGCCACAGACCCUCACAUUUGCCCCGUACAUAGGGGGCAGUAUUGCACCGGCGCUGGAUCUGCCCCAGGCAGUGGCACUGUAGCCACAGACCCUCACAUUUGCCCCGUACAUAGGGGGCAGUAUUGCACCGGCGCUGGAUCUGCCCCAGGCAGUGGCACUGUAGCCACGGACCCUCACAUUUGCCCCGUACAUAGGGGGCAGUAUUGCACCGGAUCUGCACUAUUAAAGGGGAAGUUCAACCAUCUAUACAGUCCGGGUGCUGAAAUCAGAAUCUGCCAAUGAAUUUCUUCAUAUUUCCGGCAACUGCACUUGCCCCGCCCCUUCUUACCUCGUUUACAUAAUGUUAAUCAUAUUGCCAGCCAAUAGGGGCGAUGCUCAUUGUGACAUCAGCAGUAACGGCACUGACCCAAGAACUGAACUUCCCCUUUAAUAGCUAUUCUAGUUCCUAUUGGGGGAUAUUGGGGCUCUAUAGCCAAUCGCAGUAGCCCAAAGGCUGUUCCCAGGGUGCUCUCUGAAUGUACAUAAGGGGGGAGGGGUGUGAGUGAAGGAUGCUGGGAAUGUGCCCAAACGGCCAACCCCCUGCUCUGCUACUAAACUGCCCCUCGUUCCGCGGAGCUGCCCUGUAGGAGAAUAAGCCCCACUGGCACCAAUCGGAUCCGCCCGUUACUAUGGCGCAGCCGGGGAUAUUCUGAGACAAUUUGCAAUUGGUCAGUUUUAUAAUGUCCCAGGCUGGAAUUCCAGCUGCUGUAUACGGUUGCUAGGGUCCAGUUUUCCCUUGCAACCAGGCAGCGGUGAGAAUAAAUAUGAGAGGAAAGAUAAGGAUUUGGGUGCCGGGGUCAGUGACCCUCAUCUGGAAACAGAAAUGAAAAGUUGCAAACAACUGGGCAUCCCAUAAUGUACUAACAUUUAACUUUGCCUUUAAUACUGCACUGACCAAUGAAAUGUCACCCCCCCCCCCAUGACAAGGCCAAGUAACCCCUCUGACUGAUUAUACCAGUGUCUCUGCCCCGUCAUAGGAUUUGUAUUUGCCCCACUGUCCCGUAACCCCCCGCUGGAGGCGGUGCCCGUCCCGUAACCCCCCGCCGGAGGCGGUGCCCGUCCCGUAACCCCCCGCCGGAGGCGGUGCCCGUCCCGUAACCCCCCGCCGGAGGCGGUGCCCGUCCCGUAACCCCCCGCCGGAGGCGGUGCCCGUCCCGUAACCCCCCGCCGGAGGCGGUGCCCGUCCCGUAACCCCCCGCCGGAGGCGGUGCCCGUCCCGUAACCCCCCGCCGGAGGCGGUGCCUGUCCCGUAACCCCCUGCUGGAGGCGGUGCCUGUCCCGUAACCCCCUGCUGGAGGCGGUGCCUAGGAACUCGGCGCUCGGUGCUACUCGCUCCCCCAUGAGAUUAGCCAAGGAUUCUGUGUGUCUCACUGUAUUUAUUUAUAAUAAAGGAAAAGAACACAACUGGGUGCUGGGAGUUUCUGUACAAAAGGCUCACACUCAGAACCGAGUCCAGUGUCACACAGGCCAAGGUGCAAUGCUCUGGGAAGGGCACAGGGGGCGCUGAUAUCUCACACAUACAGUUCUGGGGCAGAGGGAUAGGGGCAAUACUCUGGGAAGGGCAUAGGGGGCGCUGCUAUCUCA